AUGUCGCGCUCAGCACCCCCGCCGUCCGCGCAAGAAGUCACGCGUAAAUUAUCGGUGCACUCGCGACCGCCGCCCAAGAAAGCAGUUACCCCAGGACCUGUCUCUGGGACAGAAUCAGACUCGGACUCGGUGUUGUCCCCAGAGGCGUCCACUACGCUUCCCAAUGCAUCAUCGCUCACUGGCUCCCUGCUGGCCACGAGCCCCUCGCAACAGCCCAACCUCUCGUCGAUCGCCGAGCGCCGGUCUGGCAGCGGCGAGGAGGAGUCGGAAGACGAGGACGACGAGGGCGGCUGGCGCGAGAGCGACGUCACUGCGGCCCAGCGCGGCUCGCUGGACGAGACCGUGCUGAUGGCAGGCUACCUCUGGAAGAAGGGCGAGCGCCGCAAGACGUGGAAGAAGCGGUGGUUCGUGCUCCGCCCCGCGCACAUCGCGGUGUACAAGACGUCCGCGGAGUACAAGCUCCUGCGCCUCGUCGACCUCGCCGAGGUGCACGCGUGCACGCCCGUCGUGCUCAAGAAGCACGCGAACACGCUCGGGCUCGUCUCGCCCACGCGCACGUUCUAUCUCCAGGCGGAGACGCCCCGCGAGGUGCAGGACUGGGUCCGCGCGAUCAGCGACGCACGCCAGGCGCUCCUCACGACCGCCAGCCAGACGGGCGGGUCGUCGCCGGUCCCCAUCCCCACGCCGCGGGCGGCCGCCGCCCCCGCGUCGUCGCAUGUGUCGUCAUUGCUCUCGCACUCCCCACACGGGCACCAUCUCACCUCGUCCGACUCGGACGACGCGUCCCCGGCCCCUGCAGGGCCCAUGGUACACUACGCGGCGACCCCGACCGUGCACAGUUCGUCGCCGUCGAAGGACGCCCCGAAGGUGGUGCUUUCGGGAUAUCUCAUGAAGUGCGGUUCACGCCGGCACAAUUGGCACAAAAGGUGGUUCGUCCUUAGUGGCGAGAAGCUCGUCUAUUCAAGAAGCCAUAUGGAUACGAAGCCGCACCGCGAAAUACCACUGGCCCAGAUCCUCGACGCCCUCGAAUAUGACCUCCCCCCGCACCGGCACACCCCUAGUGUGUCGGCGCCGGCUGGGGUGUCCCCACCGCAGGCAUCGUCGUCUGUGGCGGACGGCGGGGACGGCACGCACGGUCGCAAUACGUUCAAGGUGAUCACGACGAAGCGCACGCUGCUCGUAUGUGCGCCUAGCGAGGAGGAAGAGAUCAAGUGGCUGAGUGCUGUGCGUGCGCUUAUCGCACGCCGAUCGGGAGCAGGGGUGGUGCCAGGAGAUGCGCCGGCGAGGCCGGGGGCGCCUGGACCCGCUCCGAGCCCGGAGGUGCAUGGAAGCCAGAGUGGGAACGCAGGGCCUGGGGGCGGGGUGAGUGCGACCGUGGCGCCUGGGCUGGGGAUGGGUGGGCAGAAGCGGAGAGACUCGUUCGCGCGGAGGCUGAGUCUGAGUGGAGGGGGGGCGCAUUCGAGCCAUGCCCCCCAGCACGGGCAGGAAGCGGUAUCGGAACGGCAAUCUUGA